AUGCCUCUCGCAUCAUUUUUUAUCGCUAAUACUCGUGCUGAUUACGAACGUGAGAUGCACCUGGCACUACAGGUACUCAAAUGCCGUAGAGCUGCAACCCGCUUAAUUAUCCCCUCCCUUAGAGCACUACGAACAAUGGAGCGGUUUUUAUACAGCUAUCCUUUUUGCAAAUCUAUGCAACCGUGCAAAUUUUUUCUCGAUGGUUCCUGUAAUUUUGAGCAGAAAUGCAGGUUUUCCCACGGCGAGUUGUUGAAAUUUUCUGACCUAAAUGUCUCCCCGGGGACACGUUGUCUCGUCAAAGAAGAUGACGAACUCUGGAAACUAGGAACUGUUACGUGUCUGUACUUGGAUGAAGCCAAAGUCAUCGUGAAGAUAUUCGACACUGGCUUUCAAUACACUAAGAGUUUCAACGACAUUAUUCCUUUGAAAGAAGGUAAAUACGUAAACUGUUAA